AUGGUUAGGAUCUUAGUGCGGGCCUUCGGUCACCUUGGGUUAAAUUCCACCCAUACGAUAUCAGAUGAAUUUGAGGGAUAUGCUAAUCUUUCCAGGAUCUGGUACAGGCCUUUUCUGCUCACAGUGUCAAAGGCUUUAGUGAGGUCUACGAAGGUAACAUGGAGAUCUCCGUGCACAUCUCUUUGUUGGAGAACAAAACCAUUUCAAUGGAAUUCCAUCACCCUAGCUACCUUGUUUGCUAGUUUUCAUCUGCUGUAUGACCGCCUCCAUCAUAGUGGGGGUUAUGUACAAUUCGUUUUUCAACCGUUGGUUGCAAUUAGAUAUUGUCGAACAAGGCUGUCAUCUCCAGAGUCAAUCUCCAGUGAUCAAUAUCCUGAACUGCCUGUAUGCGAGAUUGGGUCUACGGCUUCUACUGAAUCUUAUUACUUGCUGUUUCAUCCCCUGCCCAUUGCUACAGGACCUUACAAAUUAGGAUGUAUCUUUCGCGCAGUGGCUUUUUUAGGUUAG